CGCGUGCUGCAGCGGCGGGUCAGAGUAGGGAGGGGGAUUUCCUUGACUCUACAGUUUCAUGUCGGACUUGUUCCAGCAGCACAGAGUGAAGCGGACAUGCUAAGGCAAUGGGGAUAACUUCUUCCUGGAGGUUAGUGAAGUUACUCGGCUUUUUCAUUGCGCUUGUCCUCUCUGUUCAGAUCUUAGUGGACAGAGUAACACAGAGUAAACAUCCGGCAGAGCCAAGUCCCCUCCCCGCGGAGGAGUACAGAGUCAUAUCCCCUGAAACAUACCGCUAUCUUCUCAACCAGCCGUCUGUAUGCGAAGACAAAAAGCCCUUUCUGGUGUUUAUGGUACCAGUUGCACCUCUGGAAGCUGCAGCAAGGGAAGCCAUCAGAAAAACAUGGGGUGCUCCAAGACAGGACACCCUUACCCUGUUCUAUGUGGGCUUACCUGAGGAGGGACAGGGGUCAAGGAGCCAGAAGGAGCUGGAGGAGGAGAGCAGGAAACACGCAGAUAUCAUCCAGAUGAACUUCCAGGACAGUUAUCAGAACCUGACAAUCAAGACUAUGAUGAUGAUGAACUGGCUGGCGACCCACUGUCCAAAUGUCUCCUAUGCCAUGAAAGUGGACGCCGACAUCUUUGUGAAUGUGUUCUACCUCAUGAGACGCCUGGGGGGCUCUCCCAGGCAGAGCUUCAUCACCGGCUCAGUGAUAUGGGACGGCAAGCCAAGGCGGGACAUCAACAGCAAGUGGCAUGUGUCAGAGGAGCUGUACCCCGAGGACAGCUUCCCGCCUUAUGUGUCUGGAGCCGGGUAUGUGUUCUCUGCAGACCUGGCUGCCAGGAUCUCCUGGGCAUCCAGGUUUGUUAGGAUGAUCCCCCUGGAGGACGUCUAUGUGGGUUUGUGUCUGCGUGUGCUGGGUGUCAGGCCUGUGUACUCCCGCAGCCUGCUCUUCCUCAGGAACUUGUUCCAAAUCCAGAAUCUGGAGUACGACAGGUGCACUUUUAACAAACUGCUCAUCGCCAACGGCUUUAAUCCGUCACAACUGCUGCACAGUUGGCAGGACUUCUCCCAGGGUCAUUCUAGCUGCUGAAAGAGGAGAUUAACACGUAUGGGAGCUUGAAACAAAGUUUAAAAUAAUGACACAAGUAGCCUUUUGUAAAGGACACAAAGUCAUAGGAGACACAGCCAUUAGGUCGGGAGUGCUGGGUGAUGAUUGGUAACUCAGAAAAAUUCAAAUGGUAACCUUUUCACUUUUCCCACUCACUAAAAGAAACCGGUCUUUGUCUCAGAGGACAUGUUGACGUGUCACAGAAGGAAAAGCACAGGUGCAAAUGAUAAAAGGAAUGUAGGCUACCUGCUUCAGUUUCAGGAUAUUUGUAUCCUUCAUGUCUGCCUUUAGAGAAUCCAGCCUUUGUCAAAUUGAUGAGUUUCUCCUGGGCUUUUCCUUCAAUCACAAUUAAACAUAUCUGCUGCUUUAAACAGUACCUCAAUGAUAUGCUUUAUAAAUGAGAUGUAUUUGUCUCUCAUUUUGAUCAGACUAAUCUAACCAGGCCACUACAUGACACUGUAAGAAAAGGGAUCGGAGAGAGAGUGAACUCUGCUCUGCUUGUAAAACAGAUAAUAUGAUGUAAUGUGUUGUAGUGGACCUUAAGCAGCAGCUUUGUGAUUAACAUGUAAAAAGGGUUUGGAUCUUAAAAAGUUGCAGAAACAAGAAAAAAGAAGAAGAUAUGUUGACUUUUGUGUAAUUCUUAAGUCAACACUAAAAUAUCAUAAAAAAGAUAAAUGUUUCUGACGUCUGGCCCUGAAACUCACCUGUCCAACAACCAGGUCAGGAAUCUGGCUCCAGGAUUAAGGUGGCUUUGCCUUUGUUUAGAAAUGGUCUUGUCAAACCAGUUUUUCUCCCCCUCAAAGACAUGAUUCAGAAACUUCACUUGUACAGUGAGACGAGCUGUAUGUGUGAACGCAAACAGCAGCAUUCUUCACUCUGACUGUACUUGUAAAUUAUUCUCAUGAAGUCGGGAUGAGCUGAUGUGAGAGCACAUCGAGGAAAUAGUCAGGAAAAUUCAGUGUGAGCGAGUUGGGUGGGGUGACGGCGUUUAUAAUCCUGUGAGCGCAGACCAUACGGCGUGCGAUCGGUUCUCUGUCCACCAGUAAUCCUCGCUCUUUUGUUGACAUUAUGAACAUGUUGAUGUUGAACUACACAUAUGUGUGGAAGCCAAAAACUCUCAGCAUAGUGUUGGACUCUGAUGCUUCGUCUGCCAAUUCUUCAUCUCUCUAUUUACAACAUAUCAUCCAUCAAUACAUGCACCUGCAGAAGCACCUUGAACUUCGGCUUUUGAAGGUUGCUAUUGAACUGAAGGUUGUAACAUCAGAACAAAAUAUGCAGAGAGAAGGAAGUGUAAUGCAUUUACCUUGACUCAAACCAAUAAGCCAUAUGCAAUCAUAAUAAGGAUUAAAGUCCCUCGUAGCUGCAGCCUCACAAGAACGUAUGUCAGUGUGUUUGUCGCUGUUGCAAUCCAGCCUGACUUUGGAGCAGGCAGCACUCAAAACUAAAUAUCUACUGCUGGUGCUUUUACUUCUUCAUCCAAAGUGCUGGGGAGUCAGAUCAUGUUAUCUCCUUUAGGUCUCCUCUAAAGGCAGAUAACAUCAUGUGUUUAAACCAAAGAUGCUAUGAAACAUCUUUUUUUUCUGCCAUUGCAUUUCUACUACAGUCAGUGCCUGAUGGGUUUGGUUCUAUUAUUUAAUUUAAAAGAUAAUAAUAUAUGGAGAUUAAAAAGUCAACUUGCUGAAUUGCGCCGCUGCUAUAUGAUACAAAGAGCUUCAUGUAAUGUAGACUGUUUAGAAUAACCUGCAGUGUAUUAUUGUUCAGGUUACUGUGCCUUUUCUAUUUAUGCAUGUUUGUUGUUGCAUCAAACAACCAGCAGGGGGCAGUGUGUGCUAUGCAAUGAAACGCAGUUUACAGUUUGUUGUGCUGAUGUACUUUAUGCUGGACAUGCAGUGCCUAAAGCAGAUACAUUAUGGCUUUUUUUUUGCAGUGAUAAUUUAUCAUGUUGUAUCACCUGUUGCCUUCUUUGUUGUCCAGACAAAAUCAAAGUCUUGGACAAAAAACAAAAGUUUGUAUUUAUUCAUGCCUUGAAAAGCGUUCUCUCUUUGUUGAUUUUGUAAAAAGAAAACUUCUGCAAAUUAAAAGGAAAACAAGGAACAAACACAAA